AUGACGUGCGCCGUAGCCCUCAUUACUGUGCAUAUUUCACGUGACCCUCCAGACCCAACUUCUCCAAUCGUCACAGCGGCUCCUCGCUAUCCCUCCAAGCCCUUAACCCGCUCAUUACCGUCACAAUGCCUCAGGAUAUGCCCCCAACGGGGGGGCUACGCUCAAGUCCAGUACAAGCGGAACGUCCCUGCCCGCGGCUUCAAGCCCGCCUACUACAUGAUUGGCAUGCACGUCAUCAUGGCCUACGGUUUCUACAAGUACUUCCAUGGUGUCCGUGAGCAGCGUGAGCUCGCCCGUGAGAAGAUGUGGUCCCGUCUGCACCUCGCUCCUCUCCUCCAGGCCGAGGAGGACCGCGACCAGGUCCGCCGGCACUACGCCGACAAGGCGCGUGAGAAGGAGCUUCUCGGUACCGAUGCCAAGAUCUACAACUCCGACCGCUUUGUCCGCCCUACUUUCGCCUAUACCCCCGCCAAUCUCACUCAAUAGACAGUCUGACAAUGUCACACUUAUCUUGAGCGAUAUUGUACCUCAUUU